AGUACAUUGCCGGUAACGCGGCGUUAAACAGCGGAGUACAUUUUGCUCUUAGUCUCGCUUGUGCGGAUACUUAAGAAAGCGACGACCAAGUUUCUACCGAAACUAACUUUGUGCAGAAACCUUUUAUCUUUAAGGAAAUGUCGUGUGCAAACAGUGCAGUGUUCAUCCUGGUCCUCAGUGUCAUCGCUCCUUCAGCGCUAUCCUCGGCGCAGUCGUGCACCGCACAUUAUCCGACACUGGCAGCGGCUCCGGGUGGUGACGAUCCGUCUCAGACCGUUGGUACCUGGUAUGUGUACCGGAAGAAUGGCGAGGUGAGCAUCAACAAGCGCAUCACCGUGGUUAACCUCGGUGCCACCAUCGAACCGCUGGCCAACUUGACGGCAUACCAGCUGUAUCUGCAAAGCGCCUGGACGACAGUGGCCAACAACGACAUUUGUGAGAAUGAAAUCUGGACGGGGAUCUACUUGAUCAACGGCAUGGAAAUCGGCAAUGAUGUAGUAUCCAGGGAUGGAUACAGCGUUAAUCGUCUUGUGGGAAAUUCGGUAAUGUACCACGACUACCAGAAACUCAUGAUUGGGUACGGCUGUACCAUACCGAAGAUGGACGGGACUUGCGACACUCCGGUGAUCUGGGUGGAGACCCGCACCCGGCCGGACAAACUCUCGGCCAGCGAGAUGGCCGCGUUCGACGCCAUCAUCAACACCACAUUGCAGCCGUACUGCGUCACGACCCAGGAUCUGCCGCUCCAGGUGUACGAUGACUCCAAGCCCAACUGUCCAUCGGGCGAUCCACCAUUAUGCAUGUCAACCAUUAUCAAGGGAAUCAACGCCAGUGUCCCAUCCAGUAAUACGGCCGCCCCAACCACUUCGCCGGCUUUAACGUACAGUUCCCCUGCGUCGACUUGUCAAUGGCCGGUUUAUAUCGAUCCGAAAUUAACCUAUGAUCCGCAGACAGUCGCCGGUCUAUGGUGGGUGUAUCGCGCGGCCUUUGACGCCGAGCCGAACUCAGUGGGGAUGCGGUACUUCUGGCAUAUCCUCGGCAGUGCUCCAUUACCGCAGACCACCUUCAACGGCAACUAUGUCUGGGCGGAGUAUACACAGUACAAUAAUCCCAACGAUACGCAGUGCAAUUACGGCUACUGGACGGGCAUGCUGGUCACCACCGGGCAGAACGUCGGCUUCCGCUUCAUCACCAGCGACAGUGGCGACGGCAUUGUGCCGUUGCGUUCGAUGACCAUCUACCAAGACGACAAGUACGAAUUCUUCUACGGCUGCUUCAUCCCCAACAUGCAGACACAGAUCUGCGCGUCGCCCUUCGCCAUGUUCAGCGCCCGUACCGACCCAUCGACCUGGUCGCAGAGUGAGAAGGACCACGUGGACAACGACAUCAUCACCCCGCUGAUCCAGAGUUUCGGCUGUGCCGCCAAGGAAAUGCGCAUCAUGCCGCAUCCCAGCGACAAGACCCAGUGUGAAUGGAAGGGCGCGACGCCUUGUUUGAACCAGUUUAUUGCUGGGUAUAACGAGUUACUGCCCGCCGUACAUAAUGCACCUUAUUAAUACCGCACGUUCUUGCCAAGUGUAUUUGGUAUCUAAAAAUGAAUUUGAUUGAUAGAAAUGAUGGUAGAGUUAAACUAGCCAAUUUCUGAAACAGAUUCCUGCAAUGUUCACUUAGCCUCUGCCAUCGCUGUAGAGCUUCUACAAGUCACGUACAUUUUGAGACUACGUUGUAUAUUUGGAAAAUUACUUUGGAAUAAUUUCGUACAUGAGCUUAGCGUGUGCAGCUUUGUAUUUUCUUUGAAUAGAGAACGUACAUGGCAAUAAACGUCCACAA